CCGCACAUUAUCGCCUCCUCUGACGUUGUUUUUGUUUGUUUUCCUCCCGGAAAAGAGUUGUUUUUACUGCAAAUUCAGUGUUUUCUGGCUGGGCACACAACUUGAGGCCAUGUCCAAGAGGGAUUCUCACGUUUUGGACGAUGGCGAGGGCACAGCAAAGCGGAAAAGUGUGAAAAUCAGUGGCGUGAAGAAGCACACGCUGGACUCUGACGAGGAGGAGACUGACGAUGAAGAGUUCAACGUCCUGGAUGAGAAUGACAUCGAGGGCGAGGAGGAGGGCGUCGCCGGGAUGGACGGCGAGACGAAGCUGACGCCCUUCAACAUGAAGGAGGAGAUGGAGGAGGGCCACUUUGACCGGGAUGGCCACUAUGUGUGGAACAAGAACAAGGAGAUCACGGACAACUGGCUGGACAACAUUGACUGGGUGAAGGUGCAGCAGUCCAAGGACGGCAGCGGCUCGUCUAAGGUCCGCACGCUGGGCGACGACUCAAGUGAUUCCGAGGCUGAGGAGGGCAGUUCGGGGAAGUUCGACGUCAUGGAGAGCUACAGAAAGAUCCUGGAGCUGAUGCAGCCGGGCGAGAGUGUGAAGAAGAGCCUGCAACGCCUCGGGAAGGGCAGCAAAAUCUCGUCGGCCGAGCGCUGGCGCCGCAAGAAGGCGGGCAUCAAGGAUGAGGCAGCAGAAGUCGUCACGAAACUCACUCAGCUCACAAAUGACAUCCUCACGCGCACGGGAAACAUGAACAUCUACGAGGAGACGUACGAAUUCAUCCAGAACAAAGUGCGAAAGAUCGCGAAACCCGCUGCAGAGACGGAAGACGAUGCUUUGGACAUGUACGCCGAUGACUUUGACUCGAAGGAGAAGAGUAAACUCGGCGGAGCGGCGCCGGAAGCGGCCGAGGAGGCGCAGGAGGAGGACAACGCCGUAAAGUGGGAGUUCAAGUGGAAGCCAGACGACACAGAGAUGCACGGGCCGUUCUCCACGGAGCAGAUGCAUAAGUGGAACGAGGAGGGCUACUUCAAGAGCGGCGUCCUGGUGAGGAAGGUGGGCGAGGACACCAAAUUCUACACUUCCAACCGCAUCGACUUCGAUCUGUAUUUGUAAUUUUCUCAGGAAAUGUGAGUGCAUUCUGCAUUUAGCGCUGUUCUUCAAUAAAUGUUCAUUCAAUUCAA